ACACAAUCGGGAGAGCAGCGACAAUGUACUCACGCAAGUAUACAAUUUUGUCCCUGGACCUUCUCGCGAAUCUCGUUGCGCAUGUUAUACGCUCUCAUCCACGGCUGUUCCCCAGACUCCUCAAUAGAGCAAGUCUUGCAAACAAGCUUCUUCUUCGAGUCCAACUUCGACAUGCGCGCGCAGCGCUUGCUCGUAAGCGUCCCGGCUCGCCUCGAGAUUUCCAACAUUCUGAAAGAAGCGCUGUCGGCAUGCGGCCCUUACGCACCAGCUCGUGCGAAGAUACUGGACCGCCUGUCCGACUCGCUCUUUGCGCGCUUCCUGCAUGCCGUAGUAGACGGAGAGGACCUCAACAAGAGCAUCGACUACGGCUACGAAGCACUUCCGCUCUGCCCUCCAGGUAACCCCCGCCGCAUACGUAUCCUAAACUUUCUAUGGAGUGCUCUCCUGCGAAAAUACCGCACCGACGGCACUUCAGAAAACUUGGACCGUUCAAUCAUCUACAUGCGGGAAUUGCUCCAGAGGGAACCCGACUCUGUCGAUUCCUCCAUUCGCUCGGACGUGAUAUAUACUCUGCCAACUGUCUUACUGGCUCGCUUCCGGUCGACAGGUCAGCCGGACGAUCUCACAAACAGUGUCCGGUACGGUUAUGAAGCACUGUCACUGUGUCCGAGAGGGCAUCCCCUCCGCCCAUACAUUCUGCAUGCGCUGGCGUUCUGUUUGAGCGCGCGGUACGAUGAGACAAAUCAGCUGGAGGACUUGAAUAGCUCCAUUUCGUUCCUUCGCGAGGCGUUACCCUUGCACACCCCCGGGUCUUCUGGCUGUAUCCAUGUGAUCAGCUGUCUGGUGAAGCACCUUUUCGGACGUUUUGGAGCAACGAAGGAUCCCCAAGACCGAGAGGAGUGCAUACGGUACAUAGAGGAAGCACGACAGUUUUCACCGUCCGAAGACCCCUUCUACCCCACUAUCUCCAGCACUGCCUCGGCCUACCUGCAAGGAUACGAUCAGACUGGAAUGCACCAGGACUGGAACAAAUCUGUUGACCAUUACCGGGAAGUCUUCUCCGACGUAUCCGUUCGUCCAGACCAGUUUGCUCCCUUUCACCCUGGUUCACUCCUGUGCCGGAGUCUGUUUGACCGAUGGAUAGCGCGUGGGAAACUCGAGGAUCUCGACGAGUGCAUUAAUUUGGCACAAAGAACGCUGUCGUUCUACCCUCCAGAACUGGAUCACGUGGGACGUAAGGUUUCAUUGCGCACUCUCAUUGCGGCUCUUAGUAUCAGGGGUGCCAUCACUGGUGACAAAGCGAGUUUUUCUGACCUCAUUCUGCAUGCCAAAGAGUCCUGUCGAGAGCGGCUUACGAUGGCGAUGGUAUGGGCAGGAAUGGCCCAUAUCGAAAACCACCCUUCUACGCUCGAGGCCUACCGCAUGGGUCUUGAGCUAUCGGAGCGGAAUCUCGCAUAUUUCCCGACUUUGGAAAUGCAGCACGAAGCGGUUCGAGGGCACACAUCCUUCAUGUUGUCUUCAAAUGGCGCAGCGUACGCAAUCAGCCAGGGAGAUCUCAAGCUCGCCGCCGAGAUGCUGGAGCAAGGCAGAGCAUUGCUCUGGUCCCAAGUCCGUCGUCUGCGCACUCCCCUCGACCAACUGGCUGCCGACGAAGACUUGACCCAUCUUCGGGACGCUUUCGUGGAGAAGAGUCGCGCACUUGAUGCGCUCAAUACUUCUGCGAAUCCAUUCAUAGGUGGCCCGGCAAUAGGAGGAGGCGACAGUCCGUAUGGGCGCAUGCUGGAGAUGAAACAGCGUCUGACAGCUGAACUGAACGAGGUCAUCGAGCAUAUUCGCGUCAAGCUUCCGGACUUUCUCCGCCUGCCAUCCUACGACAAACUCAAGGCGGUCUCCGCAGAAGGCCCGGUCAUCAUCGUCAACCACAGCUCGUUUCGGUCGGAUGCUCUCAUUCUCGGCCCUGGCGACAAUCUUAGCUGUGUUGAGCUGUCCGACACCUUUUACUUGCGCGCCAUCGAAUUGACCUACAAGUUACUCAAGGCGCGUCAGGUUUUACAGCACUCGGGACAGAAGGAGUACGAUCGAGUCUUACGUCUCGUGCUCAAAGACCUUGGCGAUAUUCUCGUCGGUCCCGUCGUGGAGAAGUUGAGGGAGCUCGGAGUCGAGGAAGGGUCUCGGAUCUGGUGGUGCCCGACGGCCGUGGUGUCGGCGCUGCCGCUGCACGCCGCAGGCCCACUUACGAUGCCGGAGUCAAAAUCGUCCAAAUCCAAGGUGUACCUCCCGGAUCUGUACAUCCCAUCCUACACUCCGACCCUCGCUGCGCUUAUCGAUGCCCGGACGGCGUCGGCCGGUAACGGUGGACCAGUAGAGCGUGCAGGCAUUCUUGGUGUCGCCCUGCUCGACGAGUCGUUGCAAGCCGUGAAUGAUGAAGUGGACGUCCUUCGCACACGCUUCACUGAAGACAAGCUGACACUCGCCAUCGGGAGUGAAUGUAACCGCGACACGGUGGUCGCCGGUCUUGCGGAGCGACCAUGGGUUCACUUCGCCUGCCACGGGACACUCAAAGCGAGGCAGCCUUUCAACUCGGCGCUCAUCCUCUCUGGGGACGAACGGCUCACACUGCUGGACAUUGUCAAAGCAGGCCUGCAUAACGCCGAGCUAGCCGUCUUGUCGGCAUGCCAUACCGCGGAACAUACGCUGGAUAGUGCGAUAGAUGAGGUGCUCCACCUGGCGGCAGCGAUGCAGUUCUCUGGGUUCCGAGGCGUGGUUGGAACGAUGUGGCAGAUGCGGGAUGAGGAUGGGCCGACAUUCGCAGAAUAUUUCUACGACGCGUUAUUCGAACAACGAGGUGACGAAGACGCAUGCCAUCCAUCAGAGGUCGGGUUCAAGAAGGCUGCGCGAGCGCUGUGCGCAGCCACAAAGAAGAUGCGGCAAAAGAGGGUUGACGUCGAGCAAUGGGUCAAUUUUGUGCAUAUCGGGGCUUAAGCAUGUUAGGACGGUGUUCCCCAUAGAUCCCUUACCACUCUGGUGUUAUCACAAGAGCCAGGCUUAACCCCCUCUCCUUGCUUUCGUAUCUGAUAUGGCAGUGGUAGUGAUAGUGAUGUAUGUAUUUGCACGGACUAAUAGAAACAAAUCAUGUCCUAUGUAUUCACUGGACGACCGCUCGACGCCCACCGAGCCCAAGUCCAAGCUGUGGCAUACCCACUCCUGGAAGCUUCUCCCUCAGAGUCCCUCGAAUGUAAUAUAUCGCUCCGGCGUACCAGAUGUCAAUGAUGUCUGCGGCAACCUGUGCGGUCUCUAUGUUUCGCGUCGAAUAUCCCUGCGUAGUUUAUUAUGUGCCCAUCACCAGGAUCUCAAACUUGCACACCAGUCGUUGAAAGAGCUCAUCUUCUCAUCCACGGCCUCCGGGACACCCGUGAGUGCCUUCCAUAGAGACUCUUGUCCUCUCGAACAGUCUGCACCAGAGCGUUGGUCAGGUCAGGAGCAUUCAUCUCGAGCACAAGGACAGGUCCAGAGCGGUGCUAUGGUGGCGAAAUGCCAUAGAGAGCGUGACUUGAGCAAUCGCGCUGUCUUCUGUGGCCGUGUCAAUCGAUGCUUCACCCGCAAAGGUGUUGUGCAGAAGGUGUUUGCGCUCGUCGAAGUAAGUUCUCGUUCGACCUGGAUCACGGCCAGAUCAUGUUGACGAAGGCAAGCUAUAUGUCGAACGACCAGAGCUGGGCUUUGAUAGCGGCGACAUUGGCAAACUUGUUUCAAGAAUGCGGCACUCCGCAGAAGUGACGGUUGCAGUCUCGAAGACAAAUUCAACAAGGGCACGUCUUGGUGGGCAGCAAGUGUGCUCUGAGCGGUCUGCGCCUGGCCCACCUCGAUCCUUGUCGAAGACGAGCGAUCUCGUAAAUCGAACACUCCUUUCGUGGCGACGCCCAGGCCACAGGGAAUCCCGCGACUUGUGCCAACCAGUUCGCAACAAAGGUCGAUUUGACAGUCGGCCGCGGAUGCGAAUUCUUUGUGGUCUCGGUCUGGCCUUCGACCAUGCCGAAUUCGUCCUACAGGCAAUUUCAAGUUGGCUCGCCCCUCGCUUCUCGCGCACACAAGCGGUUCACAUCAGCAGUCCAUAGCCUGAGUACGGCGGCGGCGCUCACAUUCUCCCGAUGACUAGGCCGUGGAGUAGAAUCGGUUCGAGCUUCACCAGGGAGACCACUUGCUUGGCGCAAAAGUUCUCGAGCCGGGAGAAAAGAGCAUCAUGCCCUAUAACUAUGACUUGCAGACGAGUGAUGCAGCCGCAACCACGAAGAGGCUGAGAACGAGGCUGAAAACGAGGCUGAGAACGAUGGGACGCUGCCUCAGUG